CUCACUCUACCACAUACAUCCUCCUCGAGUCUCAUCUCACAGCUCGUGCACCAACCAUCUGCUGCCGGCCACCCCGCUGAAAGGGAGACAGCGGGGUGAGAGAGGGGGAGACAGGAGGGACGGACAGACAGACAGACAGGGAGCGAGUUCCACAGAGAGCACGCGCAGGAGCUCCCUCUCUCUACUUGACGGGCGCGUGCAUCCUCAGAUGUCAGAGGCGGGAAGCUGCUGUGCCUCGCGCUGCAGGACGACGGCAGGAUGGCGGGCGGACGACGAGGUCUGGUGGCUCCUCAGAACACCUUCCUGGAGAACAUCGUCCGCCGCUCCAACGAUACAAACUUUGUGCUGGGGAAUGCUCAGAUUGUGGACUGGCCAAUCGUCUACAGCAACGAUGGCUUCUGCAAGCUCUCUGGUUACCAUCGAGCGGAGGUCAUGCAAAAGAGCAGCACAUGCAGUUUUAUGUAUGGAGAGCUGACAGACAAGGAGACAACAGAAAAGGUUCGGCAGACCUUUGAGAACUACGAGAUGAACUCUUUUGAGGUUCUGAUGUACAAGAAGAACAGAAUGCCGGUCUGGUUUUUUGUGAAGAUUGCUCCCAUCAGGAACGAGCAGGACAAAGUUGUGCUUUUCCUCUGCACCUUCAGUGAUAUCACCGCCUUCAAGCAGCCAAUAGAGGAUGAGUCAUCAAAAGGCUGGGGUAAAUUUGCCCGUCUGACCCGGGCUCUAACCAGCAGUCGGGGAGUUCUUCAGCAGCUCGCUCCAGCUGUCCACAAAGGAGAGAGCGUUCACAAACACUCCCGGCUUGCAGAGGUUCUCCAGCUGGGUUCAGACAUUUUGCCUCAGUACAAACAAGAAACUCCAAAGACGCCACCGCACAUCAUUCUGCACUAUUGCCUCUUCAAGACCACCUGGGAUUGGGUCAUCCUCAUCCUCACCUUCUACACCGCCAUCAUGGUGCCCUACAACGUCUCCUUCAAGACCAAGCAGAACAAUGUCACCUGGCUGGUGGUGGACAGCAUUGUGGACGUCAUUUUCCUCGUGGACAUCGUUCUCAACUUCCACACCACCUUCGUUGGUCCAGCCGGCGAAGUCAUCUCAGAUCCAAAGCUCAUCCGCAUGAACUACGUGAAGACCUGGUUCGUCAUCGACCUGCUGUCCUGUCUGCCUUACGAUGUCAUUAAUGCCUUUGAGAAUGUUGACGAGGGAAUCAGCAGCCUCUUCAGUUCCCUCAAAGUGGUCCGUCUGCUGCGUUUGGGCCGGGUCGCUCGGAAGCUAGACCACUACAUAGAGUACGGCGCUGCCGUGCUGGUCCUACUGGUCUGCGUGUUUGGCCUGGCGGCCCACUGGCUGGCAUGUAUCUGGUACAGCAUCGGAGACUAUGAAGUGAUCGACGAGGAGACCAACAGCGUGAGGAUGGACAGCUGGUUGUACCUGCUGGGGGAGACGGUGGGGAGACCGUACAGACUCAACUCCUCCGGACGCUGGGAGGGCGGGCCCAGCAAAGACUCGGUCUACAUCACCUCGCUGUACUUCACCAUGACCAGUCUGACAAGCAUUGGCUUUGGGAACAUUGCACCAAACACGGAUGGGGAGAAGAUCUUUGCUGUGGCCAUGAUGAUGAUCGGAUCGCUGCUGUACGCCACCAUCUUUGGUAACGUCACCACCAUCUUCCAGCAGAUGUACGCCAACACCAACCGCUACCACGAGAUGCUCAACAGUGUCAGAGACUUCCUGAAGCUCUACCAGGUUCCCAAAGGCCUCAGUGAGCGAGUGAUGGACUACAUCGUAUCCACCUGGUCCAUGACCAGAGGCAUCGACACUGACAAGGUUCUGCAGAUUUGUCCCAAGGACAUGCGGGCGGACAUCUGCGUCCACCUCAACAGGAAGGUGUUCAAAGAGCACCCAGCCUUCCGGCUGGCCAGUGACGGCUGUUUGCGAGCCCUGGCCAUGGAGUUUCAGACCAUCCACAGUGCGCCGGGUGACCUCAUCUACCACGCUGGAGAGAGCGUGGACAGCCUUUGCUUCGUGGUGUCUGGAUCGCUGGAAGUCAUCCAGGAUGAUGAGGUGGUGGCCAUUCUAGGGAAAGGGGACGUGUUCGGGGACGUGUUCUGGAAGGAGAUGACUCUGGCUCAGUCCUGCGCGAACGUCCGAGCGCUGACCUACUGCGACCUCCACGUCAUCAAACGCGACGAGCUGCAGAAGGUUCUGGAGUUCUACUCCAACUUUGCAAACCACUUUGCCAGAAACCUGGUGCUGACCUACAACCUGAGGAAGAGGAUUGUCUUCCGUAAGAUCGCUGAUGUGAAACGUGAAGAAGAGGAAAAGCUGAAAAGAAAAGAUGAAGCUCCUCUGAAUCUUCCUCCUGACCAUCCGGUUCGCCGGCUCUUCCAACGGUUCCGGCAGCAGAGGGAGGCUCGGCUCGCUGCGGAGCGCGUCUGUUUGGGUACCGGCGAUGUGGAGAAAGGUGUGACUCAAACGGAGCCGAGAGGGCCGCAAAUACUGGCUUCCACCAGUAUUGCCAUGGUAACCGAGAGCGCAGACACACCCACCACCUCUGCAUCAUCCACAGCAUCGCUUUCAUGCCGGAGCGCCAACCGAGUCAUUCUCCAAACCUCCGUGGUCCAAAAUGGUAACUUAGCUGGAUGCAAGUCUGUGGAGCCGCCUAAAGCUAAAGGUUGGGGGCGGUUCAAGGAGUCGGUGGUGAAAGCUGAAUCGUGGAGCAGCGUCUCCAAGGCGGAGUCCAUGGAAACGCUGCCCGAUAGAACUAAGUCUCAGGAUGAAAUGUCCCUGAAGAAAACCGACUCCUGCGACAGCGGCAUCACCAAGAGCGACCUCCGCUUAGACAAUGUCGGCGAUGCCCGGACUCCUCAGGAGAGAAGUCCAGUCCAGUCUGAGGAGAAGAAGGUUUUCUGUUCCAUACCAGAGCAGAGCCUGCAAGCCUCGUUCCUAGAGCUGAAACAAGAACUACGAGCAGACAUCAAAUCUCUUAACAGCCGCAUGGCGACGCUGGAGACUCAGCUCGCCGAGCUGCUCGGAAUUCUCAAAUCCAGGAAGUCGUCUGGCUGUUUUUUUGAAGCUUCUCGACCUCCUUCCCCAGAUUCCGAUAAAGACAGCCUAUCUUAACAUAGAUGUGCUCCAGCUUCCAUGUGUUGAGGGCUUAUCUCUUAGCUGAAAUGGACCUGAAGUCUGAGGGAAUCAAACUUGAACCACUGAGUCUCCAGAUGUCAACAAAGAACAUGAACUCUGAUGUUUGUUGCACUCAACAGUUUGAACUGACUGGAACUGAAACGAUUAGUCUUAUUAUUUUUGCUUUAGGCGUCGUCUCAGUUCUGCUUGCACCUUUAUUCUCAGGAGAGUUUGAGACUGUCCCACCUCCACCUCCUAUCAGCAAUAAGUGUUGGCUUUACCGUCGUUUGACCUGGACUCUGGCACUGUGACGAAGGGCAUUUUCUAUGACCGUUUAUUUGAUGCCUUUUUUUCUCUGACGAAGCCUGCUUAGCUGUUCUAAACCCUCUGCCCCUGAAGCAAUGAGGCCUCCAUCGCUGGUCGAGGUUAGCAUUGUCGGACUGUUCCACUUCAUAUCUCAGCAUCUCAUGUCCAUUAGCGUCUCUUUGUAGUUUCAAUCCAAACACGGACGUUCUCUAAACUAAAUGGACCAUUUUCAGUUCAUACAAAUGAUCACAAAUGAAUGUCCGUACUUUCUAGAGCUGAACACUGUGCACAGACUUCAAAACCUUAACUUUUCACCGCGGUCUUGUUUUCUAUCGUCAGUGAAUGUGAAGGAAUCAACUGUGAGAGAGAAAAAGCCAGUUAAAGACACUAAAGUGGAAUUUGAAUUUCCUUUCAGAGCACUUUGGGAAGUUUGGCCUCAUACGGACUUUGCUGUUUGCUCUCUUCCUGCUCAAUCAUGGAAAUAUCUGUGAAAAUAGCAGCAGCAUUACAGGGUUUUUGGACAAUCGAUUAUGCAUUGUUACUGAUCAGCUUACAAUGUAGAUACUCUUACACUCACCUGUACUAACUUCUGUUUCUUUGUUUGUUUUAUUUUGUUUUGUUUUGUUGUAAAAACAGCCACUCUGACAUUUGUGGUUUUGGCCAAUCCAUCAGUCAUGUUUUGGGAGACACAGUAUCGACUGGACCUUGUUCUACCGCUUCCAGACCAGGCUGAUUUUUUUUAGCAUCUUUCUUUGGUAGUUUUCUAGCGCUCAUACAGGACCCAGUAGUAAUGCCUUAGCCACAUACAAAUGUUUUUGGGUUGUUGGGUCCGUGGAAGGAUGUAGAGAGGAGCAGCUGAAUCUCAAAGGAGCAUAAGUGUGUCUUGCACUUCUCUUAAGGUGGCAGGGAUGUCAUGAAAAUGUUGUGUGGUUGGGGAAUUGCGAAGCAUUCAAAAGGCUAAUAGAAGUUACAACAUGUGGAUGAUUCUAUCGUACGGUGUCCUUACACCACACUCUAGUCAUUAGUAGGGUGCAAGUACUGGCUCCUUACUGAUCGCACACAAAUACUGCAAAAAAAAAAACUGACUUAAAAUCUUCCAUAGCUACAUGUGAACAGGAGUUUUUAAUGUGGAAGCCCAAAACACAUGUACUUCAUUGGAAGUAGGGCUGUCACAAUUAGUCGAUUAGUCUAUGUCGACUAUUGAAAUAGUGGACGAUUAAUUUAAUAGUUGAUUAGUCUUUUGUUUUUUGCAUAUCAAAACUAUGGUGCACGCUUUCUAUUGCCAUGUCUGCCAUUGUCUUUGAUACACAUACGCAGUAGUGCUAAUCUAGGUCAUCAGUGAUGUCACAGAAAGAUCUAGGAAGACCUGGCUACCAUAACAACACCCUAACAGAGCCUGAAAGUGGGAAAAAAAGGGUCUCCAAUGCAAUAUCUGGUUAAGAUGUGUGUUUUAUAUCCACUUCACAAAUGAUCAGAUAAGUCAACUAAUUGAAAAAAUUGGAACUGGUCGCUUGAACGCCUGUUUCUAAGCCCGGUGUGAACGUAGCACAACAUUCAGGCUGCAUGCAAGGAGCGCACUCAUAUCACGUGAACAGCACCUACGGGCCCCUUGUGCAGUGUGCAGGGAUUGGGCUGUACUACACACCUGCGUCUCACCUACUUCACCCUCGCGUAACCUUCUGUGUUGCAUAAGCAUUCACUACAACCUGUAGAAAAAUGUACAUGCACAUUUUCUCUCUAGAGCAAGGGUGUCACACCGUGGGACGCAUCCGGCCUGUCAGAAGGUUUAAUCCGUCCAGGUCAUAAAGAGAAAGAAAAAUAAGGAUGUUGGAGGAAAAAAAAGCACGUUUCAAGCCCAUUCCUGUGGCAAGUUAUGCUUAUUUAAAGGAAUGGCAGCACUGCGCAAUUCCGCCACUAGGGGAAGCAAAGGAAAAGAAAUACCGGCUUAACAAGAGAUCAAGAAACAAGCAGCAUUUCUUUGCAACUACGUGCAACGUUUGGGUAAGAUGCACUUAGAUUCUCUGCCAGCUUCACCUCUGUUAAUGUGCUAUCAAAAUAAUCAGGUGUCAAGAGAUUUGGCAAAUAGGUUGUUUUAGGCAUUUUUUCCAACUGAAAACAUAAACAAAGCUUCUACUGGUCCAGCCCACCUGAGAUCAGACACGUUGAAUGUGGCCCUUGAACCAAUAUGAAUUUGACACCCCUGCUCUAGAGGCUUUCUGAGCGGUCUAACUUCUUCAAAUUUGGUGCAGACCAGUACAGGUUUUCCCAGUUUUUACCCAUAUCCAUCUGUGAGGCAGUUGUGACUAAAGCAAAAAUAGAAAUGCUCAGACUUCCCUCUCCCUUCAGCUUCUCUGGGGGGACUCCGAGGUGUUCCCUGGAAAGUUGAGCAAAAUAGUCUUUCUAGUGUCCUGGGUCUUCCCUGAGCUCUCCGUCCAUUGGGACAUAGUCAGAACCCCUCCCAGGGAGGAGUCCAGGAAGCAUUCAGCCGACCUCAACAGACUCAUCUUGAUGUGGCUAAAACUCAUAUGUCAAAGUCAAGGCCCGGGGGCCAGAUCCGGCCCACUUGGCGAUUAUAUCUGGCCCGCCACAUCAUUUUAUAAUUUUGUUAUUAACAGCCUGAUGUUAUCUUGCUCUGGUAACAUAGUGCAACACAUUCUCAUUCCCAAGUCGUCACAAUUUGACAUUUGGUUAAAUACCCCUCAACGUUUUGGGUGUCCCUAACUUGUCGUUUUUUGAUGUCCAAUUAAAUCAAGGCUCCCCAACCUGUCGGCCACAAACCGGUACCAGUCUGGUACUGGGACUUGGACCACACUGGUAUCCUAAGCCUAACCUUUACCCGGUACUGGACAGUCUGUACCAGAAGUGGGUCAGUACUGGUUCCAGUACCAGAUGCAGACCAGGCUAGGGCUAGGGUACCGGUACCAGAGGUUUGGUCCACAUUAAAAAGUUACAUGUUCGGCCCGCGACCUAAGGUGUGUUUUGGAUUUUGGCCCCAGUGUGCGGUUGAGUUUGAGACCCCUAGGCUAAGAUCUUCUUUAAACCUAAAGAAAACACCUAAACGCCAAUCAAGUUACAAAACAUGGACACACUUGAUAAAAAUAAAGAAACCAUGACAACAACAGCAUGAUAUCAAUACCACAACAUAGGAAAGUGGACCCUUCUUCUGCAAAGAAACUGUUUUUCUUGGAUCCUUGGACUCUUGGUUUUCCAAACGUCAACAUCUACUUUCCUCACUGGGAACGUUUAUCAGGAGUGUUGUUCUGCACUUAAGAUGCCUGUCUUCUUCCAUGUCAGUGAAGUGGAUGAAGAGGAGACUCAGUUGGCAGCUCCAAACCUGCUCAGGACUGUGGAUGGGCUUGGUACCCACACCUAAAACUGUGGAUGGAGUCCCUGAAAAAUCGUUUUGGGACAAAGUUACCAUCAUGAUCAUGCCGAUAUUAGCAGAUCGCCCCAAGAAUUUCACUUCAUGUUUUCUCUUUAAUGCCAGCCAUGUGUUGCACAAGGAAGAGCAGGGAUUUUUUUUAUCAUUCAGCGGACAUGUUCAGCACAGUCUGCAUGGACUUUAGACUUUGUUUUUUAAGAUGAUCAUCCAUGGACCAAAACUUCCUCAAGGGAAAAUAUUCAGAAAAAAACUAAAUGUAUUAAGAUUUGCUCACAAACAUAUCACUCCAGUCAGCUUUUCCUUUUAGAGAAACAGGUUGGAUAAUUUUUAUUUAUAUUUUUUGUUAGCUGAUCAAUUAUUAAAAGCCAACAUGAUAAUGGAGAAACGCUUCCAUAGAAACUGUAAUAAUCUAACGACAUCACGCUGUAUUUGUGUGAAUCAGAGGAAACGUGUCUUCAGAAAAAAAAAAAAUGUGCCGAUGAUUUCACACACCUCUUUCCUGACACAAUUAUCAUCUAAAUGUGUGAUAAUGUGUUGUAAUGAUAUGCAAUCAAUGCAACUAACGAGAGCCUGGAUCUCAGUGGAGAGCGGUUCUGGUUCAGCUGCAUGACGCUGAGGUUCAAAGACAUCAAACCUGCCUUGCUACUCAACCGUCUCAGGGGGGCAUUGUUUUUUUUUUUUGUUUGUUUGCCCCCCCUGCAGCCAUUCACCUGUAUGUCCUGAUUGUUGUCUGUGCAUGAAGAGCACUUCUGUGUUUUAACAGUAUUUAUCGUUAUGAUAUAUGCACUGUUUGAAAAUGUGCAAUGUGAAGGUGCGGCUUGAGAGGAAGUCUGGGCUUCAACCACUCUGAUGUGCUUUUAUUUUGAAAUUACAGGAACCAUGUUUUUGGAAAAACAUCAACCCAGUAAGAGAAUAUUUGUUCACACAAAAGUUAAGCUCUAUAAUGAGUUUGAAAAACCAGAAAUCAGAUGUUUUUUUCUCAGAAUACAACAGUUAACAAUUCUCAGACUUUCCGAUAUUGUACCAGUCAGAAUUUAUCUCCAACUUACUUUUUUGCAAAAGAACUUGUAAAAAUACUCUACUUUAUUCUUUUUAGCACAUUUGUUUGUGUUUUUCGAUAGUCUUAAAGCAGUUACUUGAGUCACGUCUCAAAGCACUUUUGACAAUAACCAUCUGUCGUGUCUCUUCUGAUUUCGCAAGAAUAAUUUGCAAACAAUGCUUCCAAAUGAAGAGAUGAAACCCCAACACUCUAUUUUCAAUCAUCAAGUUUCUCACCUGCACAAAAGUUUACAAUUGUUGUCUUCCACUAAUAACUAUAAAGCAGAACAAAAGUUGCUCUUUGACUCAGUCUUCACUUAUCAUAGAUAACAUUUUUUGAUUCAUUUCCAAAAACAUGAAUGGAUUUGUUUCUAAAGACGACCUGAGAAGUGUUUUGGACUCCAGGCUGUAACUUUGAAAUGGGAAUGCAUGAGUGUGGAUGAAGCUUUUGCUGAACGAUGUUUGAACUCUCUUUAGCCAGGAGAUCUAACUGUAUCAAGAUGAAGAAGAUUUGUAAAAGAAAAAUCAAGAAUAAACUUUUUUAUACUUCAA